ACAAAGAAUUAAGAAAACAUGAUAAAGUACAAAUGUUUAUAUAAGAAUAAAAAUACACGAAAUGUCAUCACAGUGUAAACAAAUUUUCGCGUCACUUCUCGUGUUAAUCUCACUUGCUCAGUAAAGACUAUGUGACAGUUAAGGAAACGGAAGUGUUGUCAUGUAGCCUGACAUAAAAGGUAAAUACAAGAUGGUGACACUGAGUCACGUUUGGUACAGAUUUGAGUUCCACUAGAAAGUUGUAUAUGCUUUUAACAAACAAUUGGUAAAGGUAAAAAUGAAGCAUUAAUUUUAGAAUAUAUUCUCGUCUGCAAAUAUAUGUGCUAUAUUGUUCUCAGGUUGACAUUUUAAUCUUUAUUUUUAAGAAAUUUGAUACUGCGUACAGAAACAGGAUUGUAAAAGUGAGUUGGGAAUAUAAGAACUUACAUUGUGUUAAACGCAAGAUAGAAUUAUAAUUAUGGUUAUGAAAUGUAAUAUAGUGUGACGUUUAACUCCAACAGAAGAAAAAAACAAUACUUUCUAUUAUACAAGUGGUUAGUAUUUAGUUACCAUAGAUCUUUUAAUAAACAUUAAUUGUAAAGAUAUAUGUUGUGAGCCUGUUGCAGCAAUAGAAACACUUUUUUUGGUAGGGUGAAUAGAGACACAUAUACAAGAUUUAUUCCUACACAUUUAAACUUAAUUGAUCAGUCGGUCCUCUCUGAACACGUGUCAUUACAUAUUUUACUGAUCGUGACACGAAAACGAUCACACAGGGCCGACGAAUUGGUAUUGAACGUAAAAAGACGAACACGUUGACUAACAAAACCCAUGUCCUGUUAAGGCCGCACACAAACACACACAACAACUUAACAUUGCAUGUUACACUUAUGUAGCAAACAAGCUGCUGACGCAAGCCGUCCUGUAAUAAACCACGUGAUAGACACGUGUCUCUCAUUUAAUAUGAUUGUUGAUAAUCAUAUUCGCUCCGCCUUCUUUACAUUUAAAGAUAGAAUCAAAUAUAUUCAUUAAAUGCUAUUUUUUGUGGAAGUGGCGCCUCGUCCACUAAAUGCGGUGAUAGAACUGAUUAACCGUCGUUGCUUUAAUAAUUUCGACCGGUGUUGUAAAUAAUGUUUCAGAAUCUGGUAACGAAGUACAGUUUACAAUUUGACUGGACUCUUUGAAGAUAAGCCUUCGGGGAACAACGAAAAGUAAUUUUUUAUGUUAUAAACCACCAUACACAAAGCUUUCUAAUAAUAAGCAAAAGUUUCUUUCGAAAGAAUCACAAAGAAAAGGUGCAACUUCCAUGUAAAUUAUAAACCAAUAAAAGAUAAGAAUUUGUCUAUUGAAGUCCACUGGAUUGAGAUUGGUAAUAUUUGUUUCCUCUUGUUCAAGAUUAUGACUGCGGUUAGAACCUUUCCGGAAGCCUAUAUUAACUAUCGUUAAAAACAUCAAAAAACAACUCCGAACAAUAUAUUAUUUUAGACAUUAUCUUUUUAAUAACUAAAAAUGGUGUCUUAAUUGAGUUUAUCAACCAUUGGAUCAUAAUAAGCUGAAAAUAUUAUCAUUAGCGGUUGAUAGGUACUCCAUUACGUAUCAGAUCAGCUGUUUCCGUUCAUAUAAAACAGGAGCAAAAUAUGCUUGAAGAAGGAGUUGUACAAAAUGAGUUGUGCAAAAAUGAGUUCAGUUUGGCGCUUUUGGUGCGGUUUGGUUUUUUAAAGCUUCUGUUUUUUGUUUGUAUAUAUCUUUGUUAGACUUAUCUGUCUUCCUAAUCAGCUAUUAAAAUCUUAUUCUCAUGCUGUAUCUAGCAUGAAAUCAAAAAUACUGACGCAAAAUAGAAGACAACAUUAUUAUUUGUGGACUUUAUUUUUAAAUUAUUUGAAAUUUGAGGUAUGAAAUGCUUGUUUUUAAUCUUUGGUACUUUUCUGUAAUAAAAUAAUCAGCUUAUGCUUACGAAAUAUGCUUACGAAAACACAUAAUCAGGCUCAAAAUAUGCUUAUUUAGUAAAAAAUAUUGCCGUUUGAAUUUUAAACAGCAGAGAUUACAACUUCAAUCUCUCUACACUUUGGUUAAUUGGUUAACAUAUAUAAAAAUAAAAACUGCUCACAAAACAAAAAAACGUAAAUGCUUUCACAAAUUUUCUUAGGCUUCAGAUAAUGCUCAGCAUAUGCUUAAAAAUGAGUAAAUUUAAGCUCACGGAUGAUUAUAAAUGGCAUGUUUAUACAAAAAAAGAUGUAGUACAUAUUGUAAAAAAUUCUGCUUUCUGCAGGGAAGAAUUCUUUUGUGAAUACAAUUGCAACUUUAAUCUCUAGUUAUAUCAUGAUAAGAUGAUGACGAUUUCAAAAGUAAGCUGGGGUUGAUCAACAAUGUUUCUUUUUUUUAUGAUGCGAUCUGCUAGGAAAACAAAACAUCUUUUAAGUUUUUAUUGGGAAACUAAUUCUGACUAAAGUAGUGUAUAUAAGAUAACAAACGGGUUUAAAACUCCAUGAUUUAUCUCGACAUUCAGCAAGUUAAAUUGGUUUUAACGCGAUGUGGUUUAACAGUUCUCCAAGUUUUUGUAAAAAACUGUUUCACGAAAUUCUUCUAUUUUUAUUUAAAAGUACAAAGCAGUAUAAAUAAUUAAUGAAAGGAAAUGAAUAGAAGUUCUGUUGGAAAUAUCUACACUUCUCUUUUUUUCUGAAAAAUUUAUUUGCUGUGUUAAAAAAAAAAAGUUUCUUACAGAAAUCUCUUGAAGCGGUUGUUUGUUGGUUAUUUUUUGUUUGGCGUUCAGCAAGUCAUGUUAUAUUGAAUCAGCCGCGGUGUUACAUAUAUACGUUCAAUUUUAUUUUAAGAUGGAAUAUGUUUUUAUUGGUGCUGUUUAUCUUUGUAGGAUAUUAACAACGCUGAAUUUUUUUGUUUUUAUAGAGAAAUAUAUGAAAAAAUAUAUAAAGAUAGAAGAAGUUGUGGUAACAAAGUUAUUGGUACUCAAAAACAAAAAGUGUAUAAUAAGUUAAACUGAAAUUAUGGGGGCGUAUUGCAUAUCUUGUUUAUGGCUCACUACAACUAUUCUGUUUACAUCAGGGAUUAUUUUCUCCAUGCUAUCGCCAGUUUGGUUUGAAAAUUCGAAUGUGACUGCAUUAAAGCCAAACACUACAAGCACUUCUACAAAAAUGUAUGAUACAUCAAGACAACAGAGCAAUAAAUAUGGGACAGUAAGUCAAAAAGUCAAUGCAGUAGCAAGCUUUGGUCUUAUAAGAUACUGUAGAAUCUCAGAAUUAGACGACGUUAUGGUCAAGUGUCAAUUUUUUUCCAGCCUACAGGAAAUGCCAAGCAUAGCAUGGCUUAUAACAACUAUCAUAUUUUCUAUUGGUAUCGCGCUUUUUCUGAUAUCUGUUCUUCUUUCUGCAUUUGGAAUAUUUACAAGCAAACACAAUGGAGAUAAACUACGAAUUGCUUUGGCAUACCUACAGGUUAUUGGAGUUGUUUUUCUAGUAAUUUCUGUACUAAUGUUUCCGCUUGGACUGGAUUCCAAAUUUGCACAAGAUGUAUGUGGAACAGACGCUCGUAUGUAUCUAUCUGGAAGCUGCCAAGUUGCCUGGGGAUACGUACUAAGUAUUAUGGUAAUAUCGUUGACCAUGUUUUCUCCAAUACUUGCGAAAUAUUCAACAGAAAUGAAAGAAGAAGAGAAUGAAUAUGAAUUUGAAUACAAAAGUGACGUUGUUUCAAUAUCCCCAAGCAGCAAUAGCAAAGUGAUGACUACUGUGUAGAAAUAAAUUGGUCCACAUUGGAUUACAACUAACACUUCAACUUCGUCCUACGACCACAAGAAGUCUAUUAUUAGUAGUUCAAGAUUCAAGUUCAAGAACAAAUUUCUCUUCCAUGAAAUGUUUCCGUCUGGAAGUUGGUCAUGUGUAGCAUUUCCUUAAUUACAUAUGUAAUUAAAGCAAGUUAAUUGGAAUAAAGUGAAAUUAUUGUCGAGAGGUGAAAGAAACAAUGGAAUUUAAUCAUUGACAUAUAUCAUAAAAAGUUCUCAUACAGUUACAAGGACCAUUUUUUAUUACCCGAAAAAUAAUAUGUCAAGUAUAGGUACUUCCUUGGACAUAAAUUAGUGGAAUUAGUGGUGGAAUUUUGAAGAUCGUAACUGCAAGAAAUUGAGAACUUCUAUCUAGAUAAUCUGAACUCAUCAGCGUUCAUUUUCAUUGUUUACAGUAGAUUUAAGAUCACGAGUUGUUUUUUUUAAAUCCAAAAUCUUAAACGAGACUUGGACAUUUUCGACAAUGUUUAUACUUUGCCUACACCACUGCAAAUGUAAAACCUUCUCCACCAUUUUGUUACAUACCUACAGAAGCUGUCACAUACACAAUUUAUGUCCAGUGCUGUAGUUCAUACAAAAGAAUUAUAUUUUUAAUAACAAUGACAAGAUUUUAGAACAGAUCGUUACAUAUUUUGUAAGCUGCGUUGUAGCGGUUUGAACUUGUUGUGUUUUGCAGCUCUAUUUUAUUUUUAUUAAUAAAGCGUCUGAGGAGUUUAAUGAUAUAAGGGAAACAAUUUUGUCAAUCUUCUGUCGUAAGUAUUUCUACACUUCGACAUAAACAGAUGCCUUUGUUUAGCAACUACACUGCUUUAGAACUUUUAUCAAACAGGAUUCUUUGAGCCUUUUUUAACACUAAUUAAGAACAACAACUUUAAAUAAUUAGUUUUCUCCUCUCUAAACAUUAUCAAAUUGUUUUAAAAGCACCCCUGUUGUGCUUUACCCUUCUUAAAAUGAAAAAGAAGAAACAAUUUAUAAGUCAGUUUUUUUCAUGUUUUUAACAGUUUACUUUUGAUUAAUGUAUAUAUAGAAAAAAACUGCUUUUUAUAAUUUAUAAAGGUAGAAUCAAUAGAGCUGUUAUUUCAACAAAAUUCAAAAGGUAAACAUUGUGGCAUUAGUCUACAAUAACACAGAAUUUAAGCUGAAAAAAGCAUAUGUUUGCGACAAUGCUUGCUUUCAUUCUCAUCCAGCAUUACUGAGACUGAGAAAGUUCUUAAAAUGUUUUUUGAUCAAACUUCAGUUCAUUAUUAUUUUAAAGUAAACUUAUUCAUGGAUCAUGGAUUUAAUUUCUUUCGCGUACCUUUUCUCCUAAGAAAUCUCCUUUAGCGGUAAAGCACUGAGUCGAUGUGUUUUUAGUUUUUAAAAAUUUUAGAAUGUAAAUGUAAAUCUUAUAGUUUUUAUUUAUUUCUUAAAUAAAUUUUAUCUGUAA